CCCCACCGUCAGUUGUUAACGGCAAUCGCCAUUAGCCAACGCAGAAAACGCACUCUCUUUUCGUCUUCGAUCCGUUUGCUUUGCCGGCUUCUAGUCACGUGCAGUGCUCUAAUUAUCUGUAAACAUCUGUGAAUUACAAUGGCCGACGAAUAUUUCUUUGCUUUGACGCUGAAGGGGGCGAAGGCUAGUGAGGUGUGGGACCCGGAAGCCAAAGGGGCGGAGGACUACCAAGGCGGCCACAAGCUCAUAAUCAAGCAGGCGUUGGUGGGGCCCGAUGCCACGGAGGGUGAAGUGAAUGUGGUUCAGGUUGAGGCAAUGACCUGGAAGGACUCUGUUAAAAUUCCAAUUGCCUCGUUAAAAGCCGGUGGUGCAAACAACCAAGUUCUCUUAGAUUUGUCAUUCCCCGACCCUCCAGUUACGUUCAGUCUGGUACAAGGCAACGGCCCUGUGCACAUAAUAGGGCACCACCUCAUUGGGAGCCCCAUGGAGGAGUUCGAUGAAAUGGACGAGAUGGAAGAGGAGAUGAUUGAGGACGAGGAAGGCGAAGAAGGGGCUGAUGAAAUGAAGAAUAGUAGAACAAACAAACGCAAAGUUUCAAAUGGAAAGUCUAGCGAUAAGGAGGAAGACGAGGAUGAUGAGGAACCCAAAAGCAAAAAGGCCAAAACUAUGAAUAAUUCAAAAGGCAAAACUCCUGUUAAGAACAACAGCAAAGCAAAGAAGUAAUUAAGUUCUUAUUUUUUUUAAAUCAUUUUCAUUUUGUCAUUUUUUGUUUGUCUCAUUGGAAUUGGACUGUAUUAUUUUCAAUUUUCUGUGAACUUCAUUUUCAAAGGACCAUUAUAAGUAGGUGAUUUAAAUGUUGAAGUGUUUUAUGACAAUGAUCCAAUUUCUUUUAUUCCAUAACUAAUUUUAUGUGAAGUAUGUAAGACGAAAGAAACCUGUUUAGGUAUUUAUUUGUGAAAUUCAGUUGUUUGUAAAUACUACAAUCUCAUUAAAAUAGUUUUUUUCUAAUAA